UGCACAAGGACCAGGCUUCUCUAACUCUUAUACUUUUUUUUUUUCACCAAGCUGUCCUCCAUUGCAGAAAUACAGACAUUCUGUGCUGGGGAGAAAGGGAGAAAAGAGAAAAAACCAUCUUCCGAAACCUGUCAUGUACAGUACGUAAUUCUUUUAUUAGGACUAGGCUUGAGCUAAGCUGUGGAGUGGCAGUGCCCUCUCUCUCUGCAGGCCACAGGAUUGGGAGAGUAGUAGUAGCCCCUCCACCAAUGGGAGAAGAGAAAGCACAGGAGCAAGGUUACUAUGCAUGAGCAGAGAGGCUGGGUGAGGAGGAGCCUGAGUCGGGCUGUACACUCACAGUAGGCAGCUGAGGCUGAGCUGCGGCGCUAAGCUGUCACAUCCACACACCGAUCAGCAGCUUCGCACUGGCUCUGACUGGCACUGUGCUGCUGCAGUGUGCCCAUGUAGUGCCUGUGCCACCACAGUGCCCAGAUCGGUCUCCCUUUAUUUUUGGGGGCCGGACUGUCUCUCUCUCUCAUUGUAUUAAUAUAUAUCCCACACUGGACUGGACACCUAAGUUGGCACCAAAGGCUGGCACGGGUUCGGCAGGGCAAUGGGUUGUCGGCUCUCUGGGCUCUGGCUAGGUGAUGGCUUGGAGAUAAACGGGCAGGAUUUUUCUCAGGCCAACCAGCAGGAGGCGCUGAGGAUCUUUGGCUGCCGCCAUGAGCCGAUCACUCUUCAGAUAGAUGGCUGGAAGACCCACCCUCAGAGGAGGCAGACAUCAGACUGCAGCACCCAGACAGAGAGACCCUGGGACACCCUGAGAGGCCUUGGGGUCACCGUAGGGUCAUCACCCAGGCUGAGCACUUAUAUUGACAGGCCCUGUUGUAAUCACAUGACCCUGCCACGUGACCACUACAACGCCCAUGAGUACCUGCCCAGCAUUCCCCAUGAUGUAGAAACUAUGGACCGCCUGGGAUACAAGGACCCUGAGUUGUACAGGUACGCACCUAAAGGAAGGGGCUAUCUGAUUGGCUGUUGCAACACUAACAUGGAGGAUCCAAACAGCUUCCUGAACCAGACUGAAGAGGACGAGGCAGUGCGAGAGAAACGACCAGGGUUCCCCCCUCCCCUGCACGAGCUGGACAGUGGGCUGGGCUGCACUGACGGCAGCUUCCACCAGGGGGAGCUGUCGGGGCUGGAGACGGAAGAGGGGGCUGAGGAGCCAGGCUCUUCCCCGUUGGAGCGGACCAGCCAGGAGUCGCCCUCCUCCGAGUCCCUCAUCUCCUCCGAGCUCAGUGACUCCGGCUUCUACAGCGUCAGCACUGGGGAGUUCCGCCGCUUCCAGCGGCUGCUGGAAAAGAAGAUUCGAUUGUACCGUGCCAAGAUGGCGUCCAGGGGCGCUGGCGACGGGGCCAAGAGGGAUCAGGCACCUCUGAGGGAUGGCUUCAGGACACGCUACGACUUGGAGUCCAUCCCCGAGGCUCUGACGUGCCAGCCAAGGGGUGGGUGGCCACAAGAAGCAAGCCCCACCACUGUGGCUCGAAGGUGCAUGAUGGGGGUGUCCUCUGUGCAGUACAUGAAAGCAGAGAGCCCUCGCCUGAGCAGGUACGGCUCUAUCACCAGCCCCAGGCUUUCCCCUAAAACAGGGGCCUCCCCCUGUGGCUCCCCCUGCAGCCAGAACAGAGCUAUGCAGGAAAAGGACUCACUAGCAGACGUGCGAGGGAGAGGCAGCCAGCAGGGGGAGCCCCCGAGCUCAGAACGACGGCAAGCAAGCCACUCUGCUGCGCAGGAGUACAAAACUCCUCCCGAGCAGCCCCAUCACAGGAAACCUGCACAGGACAGCACCCACAAACCAAGCCAGGAUGAUAAAAUCAAACACAGCAAGGUGGGCUGUCACAGUGGCUCCUGGCCAAGAGGCACGGCUGAAGACAACAGGGGAAUACUUCCGGGGGACAUUUGUAGACGUGGUUUGAGCGACAGGCUGGGCCCACUGGAAUGCAGCAAGAAAACGGAGAAGCUCGCAAGCAAGGGGGCUUCAGCUCGUGGGGAUGGGCGAUGCCAAACAUCCUAUCACACCCAACAAGACUGCGCUGCCGGAUCCUGGCCCAAGGCUGCAAGAGGCUGUAGCCAGAAAGCUGGCCUUCACAGCACCCAGGAGGGGGACUUACCUAAGUCAAAAAAGGGGCUUCCCAACCCUCGGGUCCUGAGGAACCAGCUGCUGAAGGCUCGGGCCUCGCGGCUGGCAGAUGAGCGAGGCGGGGUGACCACAGACGAGGAGAUGCGCAGCGAGGUGAAGAUGGGGCGCUACUGGAGCAAAACAGAGCGCAGGAGGCAUCUCCUGACGGCCAGGGAGCAGAGGCAGAGGCGGCUGGCGAGGGGGUCGGGCGGGGAGGGGGCCAGGAGGAAGGAGGCGUCCAGCGUGGUGCUGGAGCUUAGCAACAGGAAGCGGACACAGCUCCGCAACAGGAAGUUACUGGACAGUUGGACCACAAUUGAGGAGCUGCUGACCCAUGGCACCAAGACAGCUGUGGGCACCAGUGAGAUCAUGUGUCCCAGCCCUCUGCUCUCUGUCACCACCGUGUAACUCAGGGACAUGGAGGGAAUCAAUUCAAGUCGCACACAGCCCUUAUGAAGCCAUGCCAUGACAAAACAUGGUAACUUCACACAACCUUACUGGGGAUUGUCCGUAUGUUUCCUCUAAUUUAACCUACUUUUACUAUGGUUUCAGUACACUUUCAUUGUGUGUGCAUAAAAAGAUUGGACCAUGUUAACACCAACAUUUGCAUAACGAGGCUUUAAAAGGGUAAGAUCAAAGAGUGCCAACAGAUUUCAUGCACAUUUAUUACAGUACACUAGCAUUUGAGAUUCACAGACCGAUUCCAACAGUGCUGUUUUAUAUACAAUUAUUUAUGAUUCUUGAAGCAUAUCUCAGAUAGCCUGUUUUUAAAAACCCAUACUGCUAUUUUUACAUGAAAUGCUGCAAAUACUAUUUAACAUGCUUUUCAGAAGAGUCAAUGGCUUUCAGCAGGCAUGUGAUGUUAAAAUAGGAUCAAAUGUGACUUACAGAAUAGCAAGGAUAUGAAUUCUCAAUAAGCCACUGAUAAGAUUUGAUUAGAAUCUCAGGAAAGCUUUAAUGCGCUAGAGUAGUGUGUCUUGUUUGUGUAUCUGCACAGGCAAUCUAUACUGUACAGAUCUUACAAAAUGACAACUGAAACAUAUCUGCACCUGGGUUAGCAUGUAAUAGUGCAGAAUUCCACUGUCAUGUUUAGUGUUAUAAACACACAUACAUAGUCAUGUAAUGAUUUCUAAACCAGACAUGCAUUAAUAACUGGAGACACAGUUUGCAUAGCCUACUGUACAUCCAUCACAUUGUAUGCCCCACAAAAUAUAUCAAUUAUCACAUCACAACUAAUGAAAAUUAUGCAAUGUUUUCUGAGUUUGUAAUAUAGCUACUCUGCACAGUGGCUCCAAUAAAUAUCCACACAUCCUAAUGCCAUCAUUUUUUAGCUAAAUUGCACAUGUAUUCUACCAGUAUCUAAGCACCAUAAACAGCAAGGAUACACUGAAAUCCUCGGAUGAUUAUAACAUAAGUGGGCUGUUCUCAGUCCAUCUCGAGAAUAGCCCACUCUUGAAAAGUACUUAUAAUCCUACAGGGCGGUAUUUAAUGUAAAAGCCAGCAAUGUACUGUAAUACUGGUCUAGAACUUCUCAUGCUGAUGUUGUAGAUAAAACCACCUCUUACUAAUGGUCUGUUAAUGGUAUAUGCUUUUGAAGACAUCUUUGUAUAUAUUGUACAAGCAGUUGUAAUAAAAUGAGAUUUUAAAUGAUAAAAUAAACUUGGGGACCGUCCAUUUCAUUGUCCCUCUACUUAUUUUUGUAGAACACUCUACAGUCCUAGAAAAACCUAUUUUGAUGCAACAGGGUAGUGGUAUUCAGUUUGAUGAUUGUCAUCUGCUUUCUAAUGCCUUUAAAAAAGUUUACAUAAAAGUGCACCACAGAACACGUCUGGGACUUAAAAAAUAGUGUUGAUCAUUAAUAUCUCAGCUGAAUCAACAGUGAAAACAGUUUCCCUUCAAAUCAAUCAGGGCCCAGAGCAGUAGACGCUUUUACCAAGAACUUAAUCUGGAGUCUGAUAUACUGUAUCAUAUCCUCACUUUAUCUCUAGAGACUCCACUUGAUACAAAUUUCAAUAUCAAAACAAGGAUGUGGGGACUAUUUGGUUUUGAAACAUCAGAUAUCUGUACUAAGGCUUGCAUUAUGCCCUUGAAGACAGAAAUCCAGCUGGCCAGAUCCUCCAUCAUAGUUCUAAGCAUGCAGAGCCACAAACAGCUGUAGGCACUCCUUUUAACGUAAGAGAGAGUGAUGUGAAGAGUGCUGUUUUAAAGCAGGGAUUUUCAAUCUUUUAAAGCCCUUGACUGGGGGACUCCACUUCCAAAGAAAGCAUCUCAUCAACAAGGACGCCCAGUUAAAAUAAGGACAGUCCCUGGGAAACCCAAGAUUGAAAAUCCUCGUUUGACCUCCUGGUAUCAUACCUGAGUGAAGAUAAGCCCUGCCACAGCCAGCCUUAGCCAAACAUCACCUCAGAGCUCGAGAUGUACGAGAGGUUUUUGUCAUCUAAUGAAAGGCAGACCAAGGGAUUUGUACUGCUCAUCACCCUGUAAUUCAGUUCCACAGACGCUUACAAAACAGCCUUGUUAAGUUGUCUUGUAGGGGGGGAAAACACUAAAUCCUCCACAAAGAAGUUUCAUCAUCACAGGUCCUUUCAAUCCUGAAGGGAUUGACCUAGCCACCUUGGAGGAUUUCUUCAAGAUCAGCAUAACACAAGGGCCUGGGAACACAAGUAAAAAUUCAGCGUAGGGCCAUGUGAGGCAGAAGAAAGGUGACAUGUCUUUACACAGUGGUUUGUGGGAGUCUGAAACCAGCUCCAGAGCUACUGUAUGUGGUUUAAAACUGCUUUCAUGUAAUCCUUAGACAAACAAAAAGAGGUCUUACAACAUUAAGCCUAUUAGUCCAGGAAACCAAACAAGAAAGAAAAGUUGAACGGCUUCUCAUCUGCAAGCUUUCUUGUGUUCUUAAGAAGAAACUUAUGUGGAGAAAGGAUGCUAUUAUUAAUUACCCUGGCUUUGUGGAGAACCAUGGGCUGUGCCAGUUCCGUUUCACAGAGUGCUCCUUAUCUCCUCAGGUUGUUCAGCUUCUUAUGAAAGCAAUCAUUAUGUUCAUCAUUAGUGUGUAGGAAAGCCUGCUUGUGAAUAUUCAAACUAUCUCAAGUGGCCACUAUAAAAGCCCCCAUGCAUUAUAUACUUUAUAGCAGUCUCUCCCUUGUUUAACUUCUUGGGUAUUCUCGGUGUUCAUUAAAACAUACUUGUCUCUCUUUCAAGACUGUAUUUGAAAUUGUCUUGAGUGGCAAACCCUCAA